GGAAAAAGCAGCAGAGAUCCACCAGCGCAUGAGCUGCACACAUGGAUGGAGGAGGAUCAGAAAAAGGAGAGAUUACACAUGAAACUGUUUAACACUUAAUAAACUAAAUGACACAAAUAAAUAUUAUAUAAAGCUGGAAGAAAAAUUAAACCAAUACUAGUGACUAACAAUAAAAAGGACCAUAUCAGUUUUAUGUUGGAUCCAUUUAUGAUUUAAGAAUUUUUAUUGAACUCUAAAACAAUAUUCUUUUCUGAACAGUGAUGAAUUACGUGGAUUACAGGAUUUUUUGGUCUCAGAACUAAAGAGAACUGUUUAAUUACGUUGCACAACUGCGACCUUUUCUGCUGUGAAGUACCUCAAACUGAGCCCACAGCGACCGUUACCAUUGUGUUCCACUACACGAGCCUCGCUCUCCGCGACGCAGAGGCCUCGGGGGCGGGUCUCGUGCAGAGGUGUAGAGCUCGAGGACACAGAUGAUUGGACGAGCACUCCACAGCAGCGCGAGCGCAGGUGCCGCGCACUCUCACUGCGAAGGGACCGUCGUCCGGUCACAGCCGCUGCUCACGAGCCUCGGCGAUCAGGACCAGGACCCACCGGUACCGGGACCGGCACCGGCACCGGCACCGGCACCAGCGGAGCACAGGCGGGGGUCGAGCGUUGCUUUCUGCUGCGCGUGCGGCGGUUUGGAUGAAUCGGUGUUGGAGGCUUAACGAUGCUGAGCGCCGUUAAAAUGGAGGGACACGAGCAUCCGGACUGGAGCGGCAGCAGCUACUACGGAGAGACCGAGUGCUACACCGCAGCGGCCAACAUGAACUCCAUGAGCAGCUACAUGAGCGCGCACUGCAUGGCCGGCGCGGGCCACGUGAACGCGCACUACAUGAACCCCGUCGGGGCGAGCCACUCCUCGGUGCCCGUGGGGAUUUCACAGAGCUCCGCCGUCGUGCACGCGGGGUCCGGGAUGAGUCCGGGCUUCGGGGCCGCGCUUCCGCCGAGCAUGAGCCCCAUCAGCCCGCCGCCGUACGGGAGCGUGCCCGUGAUGAGCCCCGUGUACGCGCAGCCCUGCAGCCUCCGAGCCAGGGAGUCCAAACCGUACCGGCGCAGCUACACGCACGCCAAGCCGCCGUACUCCUACAUCUCCCUCAUCACCAUGGCGAUCCAGCAGUCCCGCAGCAAGAUGCUGACGCUGAACGAGAUCUACCAGUGGAUCACGGACCUGUUCCCGUUCUACCGGCAGAACCAGCAGCGGUGGCAGAACUCCAUCAGACACUCGCUCUCCUUCAACGACUGCUUCAUCAAGGUUCCGCGCUCGCCGGACAAACCUGGGAAAGGCUCCUUCUGGGCGCUGCACCCGGACUCGGGGAACAUGUUCGAGAACGGCUGCUACCUGCGGCGGCAGAAGCGCUUCAAGAGCGGAAGGACGCCCGGAACCGGCGACAAGGAGGCGGAGGGAAAGGGCGGCUCGGUCGCCAGCAGCACUUCUGGUUCCGAUUCGCAAUCCUGCUCCUCCCCCCAGUCCUCAAAGGGAGCUGGGCUGGACCUCAAAGCGGACCGAGGCGAACUGCUGCCCCCCAGCCCCGCGCGCGUGCCCUCCCCGCUCGCGCACACGCAACAGCUGUUUCCCCAUCAUCCGCACCCCCCGCUGCUGCUGCACGAGGCCGCUCACCUGAAACCGGACCACUACCACCCGCACCCGUCCUUCAGCCACCCGUUCUCCAUCAACAACCUCAUGUCGGAGCCCCAGCAGCACAAACCGGAGCCGCUGGGUCCGUACGGCGGCUACAGCUGCCCGCUGGCGGCCAAGCCCGGUCCGGACCCGGCUCAGCACGGCGACGGCGGCACCGGUUACUACCACGGCAUGUACAGCAGGCCCAUCACGAACUCCACGUGUCUAUAGAUGUGCAACGUGUCCUAACAGUGAUUUGUCCAACUUUAUAUGUGCAACAGAUAAAAACCUUUUUAUGGAAACAUCAUUUUCAUGUUUUCUUUCAU